ACAGAGCUAGGCUUCCAUCGUAUUAGGGUUUGGUUCUUCAUUUCGAGUGAGCGAGGAAAAGAAGAGAGGAAGCAACAACGAUGGCGAUGAUAAGCGAUCGGCACCCGUUGAUCUUAGGGUGUGUUUUAGGGUUCCUUGUGUUGUUAGGAGGCUGUCAUGGUGGGAGCCUGCGGAAGAACUUCUACAGAAAAAGCUGCCCUCUUGCAGAGGAGAUCGUGAGGAACGUGACGCAGAGGCACGUCGCGAGGAACGCCUCAUUGCCGGCGAAGCUCUUGAGGAUGCAUUUCCAUGACUGCUUCGUUAGGGGAUGUGAGGGCUCGGUCUUGCUGAACUCGACGAAGAAUAACACGGCGGAGAAGGAUGCGAUCCCUAACCUAUCAUUGGCGGGGUUCAAUGUAAUUGACGAUAUUAAAGCGGAGCUCGAGAAGAAGUGCCCGAGCGUCGUGUCUUGCGCAGACAUUCUGGCUCUGGCUGCAAGGGACUCCGUUUCAUUCCAAUUCGAAAAGCCAAUGUGGAACGUGCUGACCGGAAGAAGAGACGGCACGGUGUCUCUAGCCUCCGAGGCCUUGACCAACAUCCCAUCCCCUCACUUCAACUUCACCACCCUCCAACGAAGUUUCGCCAGUAAAGGCCUAAGCGUGCGCGACCUCGUCCUUUUGUCAGGUGCACAUACAAUAGGAAUAGGGCACUGCAACCUCUUCAGCAAUAGGCUCUACAACUUCACCGGAAAGGGCGACCAAGACCCGUCCUUGAACUCCACCUACGCUGCCCUCCUGAAGACCCAGUGCAAAACCCUAACCGACAACACCACCGUCGUGCCGAUGGACCCAAUCACCCCUCUCAGGUUCGACAAAAAUUACUUCGUCGUCCUCAACCAGCACAGGGGCCUCUUCGAAUCCGACGCCGCGCUGCUCACGAACCCCACCUCAGCCGGGAUCGUACGGGAAAUGCUCAUCGGGGACAAGUUCUUGAGAGGCUUUAGGGCAUCGAUCAAGAGGAUGGGGGGGAUCGGUGUCCUCACCGGGAACUCCGGGGAGAUCAGGAAGGUCUGUGGUAAGAUAAACUAAGUCCUC